AUGGAAAAUUCAUCAAACUAUUGGAUAAAAUCGCCCUCAACAAUGGUGGCCGAUGGGAUUUUGAAAGCACAUGGUCAGAUAGAAUAUAUUAUUUUUCCAGGAGGCGUAUUUGACGAGCAGUUGUAUAUACAGUAUGAAACUGUAUGGGGUCCUGAUUGGGACCCCGUUACUGGAGUCACAUCAGGAACGACGCAGAUGGCGUGUUCUGGGAGCGACCCUGAACGUGUGGUGUUUAAUAUGCCAAUAGAAAUGGUAUUCAGCAGUACUUAUGUGUUUGGGUGGCCCCAAUUGGUCAUCACGUUGAGAGCCCAGAAUUCCAUAGGCGGUGAUUCCCUGCGAGGGUAUGCGGUAGUACUCCUCCCCCCGACUGCCGGCAGUAGGCGUGUGUCAGCGCCACUUGUACGUCCCAAAGCGUCGACCAUUCUAGGCGAGUGGAUCUCCUGGAUCACGGGACGGUACCCUGAAUUAGCUGACCCGAAAAUGUUGGCUAAUGGGAAAGAAAAUUAUUUGCUUCGAACCGAGUCGUAUGGCACAGUAAAUCUGCUUCUAACGAUGGUCUCCAAAGACUUGAGGAAACUAGGAUAUGACAACCAACCGCCGGCGUAUAGAAAUACGUUAGAUAUACAUUAA